GGAUCCGAUCAAAAUUGUAAAAGAGUAUGUUACGGGCCAUCAGAGAAGAGUAUGGUUAUUGUAAAAGCAGGAGACAAGGCAGAUCCGACCAAAAUUGUAAAACGGGUCAGGAAAAAAAUCGAAAAGCAUGUUGAGUUGAUUUCUCCGAAAAUCAUUCCAAAUCACAAUAAGGAGGUUAAAAAAGAGGAUUCAUUUCUUGAGGCAGCAUAUACGGGAAAUUUGACAUUGCUCUCGAGUAUGUACUCUUUGUUAGAUGAUUAUAUGUUCAAUUUAAAGUCAUCAUAUUCAUUUUGGUAAGAGAUUUUUUUUCGUCUUCAUUUCAAGUGAAUAAUGUAAUUUCAAUUUUUUUAUUCCGUAUUUGAUGAAUUUGGGUUGUGCCGAAUCAGCAUAAACGUUGACUCUGGAAUUGUGUGAUUUCCCAUCCCAAAAUUUGAUUUUCAAGUUUCCAGUCAAAAUUUCAACAAUGGGGAAUUUAUUUUCUUUGAUUUCCUAUUACUAAUUGUUGUUUUGCGCAGCAAAAGGAGGGAAAGAGACUUCUCAAAGGCUUCUCUGGACCUGAUUUACCAGUAGCGGAGGAAGGUCAGGAAAUAAUGGAUAUGGUCAACCCGUCUGCUCCUCUGCCCCCUUGGGUUACUGAAGAAGAUCUUUCAAACUAUGGUGCUCUCUAUGAAAAAUCUAGAUUUCAAACUGCGCUGCAAGUGCCAUAUAGGUCGAGGAAUGAAGUAUUCAACAUUUCAGAAGUGAAGCUUGACGCUCCUGAAUUGCUUAUAAUGGGUGAAAAAGAUUAUUUUUUAAAAUUUCCAGGAAUGGAUGAUUACAUACAUAAUAUUAUGAGUAAUUAUAUCGCUACUAGUGGAGAGAUGAUCACAUCAUCUAUGUUAAUCGCCCCAGCAGCGUCAUGUGCAAGAGGAAAGGGAGGAGACAAGUUUGGUAGCAAUAGUAUUUUUGGAGGGUUGAGUAAUAAUAAGGGCUUUUUUGGUAGGGUUUUGUUUAGAAAUGUGGAAGGGUUUUGUUGUAGGAGGAUCAAGCCAAAGUUUCCUGUGGCUGCAAUGGUUAAGGAUGAGAAGGAGAAUGAUGAUGACCCAUUAUGGCCUGAUCCUGAAGAUAUUGAUCCAAACUGUGAUACCCCAUUAACCAAAUAUCUAUCCUAUUUUCAUUGCCGGAAACAUGAGGUGAAGCCGCUAACUUUUUCCUUUCAGAAGCCAUUCAUUGACUUGGAUGAAAACAUCGAACGGCUACGUAAAGCUGUUGAAGAAUCUGGAUUAGAUUUUCUUGAUCUGGUCGACCGUUUGGAAUCAAAGAAUGACAAGGCUUUUGAACGUUAUCACCGCAAAUUGACGCAAAAUCAAUGCAUGGCCUUUGCUAGGCAUCCACAUAGGCCGGAUGUUGUUGAUCGCAUUCUAAACAUCACUGAAACAUGGCAUGAACUCCAUGGAGAUCGAACAAGCUAUGAUCCAGCGAUUGUGACUGGUUUAGGGAGCAUUCACGGUGAAAUUUACAUGUUCAUUGGUCAUCAGAGGAAUAGAAAGCUGAAAUCUGCGGUGCCCACUCCACGUAGCUACAAAAAGGCUUUGCUAAUGAUGAAAUAUGCUGAACAUUAUGGUUUCCCCAUUGUCAUUUUUGUUGACACAACAAGUGCUUUCCCUGAUCUUAAAUCGGAGGAACUUAGUCAGGAAGAAGCAAUAGCACAUAAUUUGAGGACAAUGUUUAGUUUGAAAGUUCCAAUUGUGACAGUGGUGACUGGCGAAGGUGGUCCAGGUGGUGCUCUUGCUAUUGCUUGUGCGAACAAAUUGCUAAUGAUGCAGAGGUCUGCAUUUUAUGUUGCAAGUCCGGAUGCAGGCGCCGAAAUACUGCAGCAAUUAUCCCCAGCAGCCCGAAAGAGAGCUAAAAAGAGGAGCAUUACUGCUCAAGAACAUUACAGGCUAAGGAUUGCAGGUGGUGUCAUAUGUGAACCAAUUGCUGGUCCUGGUGAUGAAGACCCCUGGAGUCAUGAAGAUCUUAAAAGUGCAGUUCUUGAGGUUAUGGAGGAAUUAAGAAUAUUGGAUAGUGAUGAGCUGGUGCACCACCGUAUGCUCAAGUUCCCUACAAUUAGACAUGGUGAUUACAAAAAAGAAGAUGGCCAACUGUCAACCAAAAAGAAACAUAGAAUGAACCCAUCUGAGGUAAAUUUUCUAAAGACCACUGUGAUAGAAGCUCAGCUUGAAAAACUCACGAAGAAAAUCCUGAAAGCGGAGGGAACAUUUAAUCCGGAGAAAACAGAAAUGUGGUGAUGGCUUAUUUAACAUAACAAUGAAAGCGGAGGCUGGCCGCAGAAACUAUAAACUAGUAGUGGUGCAAAUGCCAUUCUAGUUGAGUUAAAUAGCUUAGGGUGUUUCUCAUUCUGAUAAUGUGCUGUAAAAUUCAGAAACGGGAGAUUGCUUAGAGACCUUAUUGUGUUUGUUGACUUCUUCUUUAGUUAAUCAUGUUAUGUCGCGUUUCUGUCAACAGCAGUCAGCACAUGGUGCACAAAAUUUGGGAAAGAACAAAGAAUGGG